AUGAUGAUUUUUGCUUACGAUAAACUUGGGAUAAUUGUCACUGAUCGAGUUCCAAUUGGCAGUAGUGUAACCGGGGAUUACUACAAAACAUUCCUUGCCAAAAAAUUGCGACCAGAAAUCCGUAAAAAGCGACCAGGAAUGUUACAAAAUGGUGUGUCCAUAUUGCACGAUAAUGCGCGGCCGCAUAUCGGAGCACCAGUCGUCGCUCUUUUGGAGAAAUAUGGAUGGGAACGCCUCAAACACCCACCGUAUUCGCCGGAUUUAAGUCCCCCGGACUUUGAUUUAUUUCCAAAACUGAAGGAACCACUUAGAGGGAUCCGUUUUCCCAACUAA